CCCUUGUUCAAGUAAAAUCUCCGAUGAUUGACUAAAUUAUAUUCCUCCGGGUGGUUCAGCGUCGGCAAAGUUAGCACGACAAUCAGCGUUUCGAUCUUCGAAUCAUAAAGGUUUGAUCGCCGUGCAAGGAUAAUCUCCGGGGGGGGGACAAUGGCGUCUUCUUCGGAUGCAUGGAUUAGAGAGUACAAUGAGGCUUUAAAACUAUCUGAGGAUAUAAAUGCCAUGAUGUCAGAAAGGAAUUCAUCGGCUUUAACGGGGCCUGAUGCUCAACGUCGUGCUUCAGCAAUUCGAAGAAAGAUCACCAUUUUGGGGACCCGAUUAGACAGUCUUCAAUCCCUCCUUGUUAAGCUUCCUGGGAAGCAACAUGUGUCAGAGAAAGAGAUGAAUCGUCGCAAAGAUAUGGUUGGGAAUUUGAGAAUAAAGGCAAAUCAGGUGGCGUCUGCUCUGAACAUGUCAAACUUUGCAAAUAGAGACAGCUUGUUCGGCCCAGAAAUGAAGCCGGAUGACGCAAUGAACAGAGUCUCUGGCAUGGACAACCAAGGCAUUGUUGGAUUUCAACGACAAGUUAUGAGAGAACAAGACGAAGGGCUCGAGAAGUUGGAGGAAACAGUGAUGAGUACCAAACACAUAGCUCUCGCUGUCAAUGAGGAGCUCACUCUGCAGACAAGGCUUAUUGAUGAGCUAGACUACCAUGUUGAUGUUACCGACUCCCGCUUACGGCGUGUGCAGAAGAGCCUUGCGGUGAUGAACAAGAGCAUGAAAAGCGGUUGCUCAUGCAUGUCUAUGCUCUUGUCAGUGCUUGGAAUCGUUGGUCUUGCUCUUGUGAUUUGGCUACUGGUUAAGUACCUGUAAUGCCAACAUGAUGAUUCUUUAUGAAAGUUUUAUCUUGUUCACUCGGCCUCUCCUGGUUAUUGUUGUCCCUUUCCUCUUUUGUGCUCUUGUUUUUCUUUCCCGUCCAUUGAUUCUUCUGCUGUGAGGUCAAAGAAGAAUAUCGCUGAAAAAAGUAUAUAAAUCUGUAUUGCCUUCGUAUGUUGACGAAUUGUAAUCAAAGUUGACAUUUGUCUCUGUAUAAAGAUAUGGCACU